GAUUUGUGGGAUCACUGGGUACCAUCAUCAUAAAAUGUAAAGAUUUUAGAAUUAUUCAGUUGGAUAUUCCCGGAAUGGAGGAAUGUUUGAAUAUAGCCAGUUCCAUUGAGGCAUUGUCUACCCUGGACUCCGUCACUCUGAUGUACCCUUUCUUUUACCGGCCCAUGUUCGAGGUGAUAGAAGAUGGCUGGCAUUCUUUCCUUCCUGAGCAAGAGUUUGAACUCUAUUCCUCAGCUACCGGUGAAUGGAGGCUAAGCUACGUCAAUAAGGAAUUUGCUGUCUGUCCUUCUUACCCACCAAUUGUCAUAGUGCCCAAAUCCAUUGACGACGAAGCUCUUCGGAAGGUAGCAACCUUUCGACACGGAGGGCGCUUCCCGGUACUAAGCUAUUAUCAUCAAAAAAACGGAAUGGUAAUUAUGCGAAGUGGUCAGCCACUCACUGGCACAAAUGGGAGGAGGUGCAAGGAAGAUGAGAAGCUGAUAAACGCCACCCUCCGGGCAGGAAAGCGGGGCUACAUCAUUGACACUCGAUCCCUCAAUGUGGCUCAGCAGGCUAGAGCCAAAGGAGGUGGCUUUGAACAAGAAGCUCCUUAUCCCCAAUGGAGACGAAUCCACAAGUCCAUUGAGAGAUACCACAUUCUUCAGGAGAGCCUCAUCAAACUUGUGGAAGCUUGUAAUGACCAAACACACAACAUGGACCGAUGGCUGAGUAAGCUGGAGUCCUGUAACUGGCUGACCCACAUCAAAGAGAUUCUGACAACUGCCUGCCUAGCGGCUCAGUGUAUCGACAGGGAAGGAGCAUCCAUAUUGAUUCACGGAACAGAAGGAACCGACUCCACACUUCAGGUGACCUCACUGGCCCAGAUCAUCUUGGAACCAAGGAGCAGGACCAUCCGUGGCUUCGAGGCCCUGAUAGAAAGAGAGUGGCUGCAGGCUGGCCACCCGUUCCAGCAGCGCUGUGCUCAGUCGGCCUACUGCAACGCCAAGCAGAAGUGGGAGGCACCUGUGUUUCUUCUCUUCUUGGACUGCGUGUGGCAGAUCCUUCGGCAGUUCCCAUGUUCUUUUGAGUUUAAUGAGAACUUUCUCAUCAUGCUCUUUGAGCACGCGUACGCCUCACAGUUUGGAACAUUUCUAGGCAACAAUGAAAGUGAAAGAGUGAGACUCCAACUCAAAAAAAAAAGAAGAUAA